UGAUGGGAGGAGCGCAGCGCUCCACUCUGUAUAAGAGGUACCGAGUGUUCAACAAGGGAUCUUACACAGCUACUGAGGAGAAACGCAAUGAUCUGCCCCAGAGCCGCAGCAAAAUGCUGGAUGGACACCUACUCCUGGGAUGGUUAUCGUUCACAGUUAUAGUCUAUCUUCUCCACUUGCCUGGACCCACGACAGCAUAUUUCGGGUUGACAGGUAAUGAACCCCUGUCCAUCCUGCCCCUGAGCUCUGCACCGGAGGAGAACGUGGGCCGGGCCCACUACAAGCUGUGCGACCGGCUGAAGCUGGAGAAGAAGCAGCGGCGGAUGUGCCGGCGGGACCCGGGCGUGGCCGAGACCCUGAUGGAGGCCAUCAGCAUGAGCGCCCUGGAGUGCCAGUACCAGUUCCGCUUCGAGAGGUGGAACUGCACCCUGGAGGGCCGCCACCGGGCCAACAUCCUCAAGAGAGGCUUCAAAGAGACCGCCUUCCUGUACGCCAUCUCCUCGGCGGGCCUGACGCACGCCAUGGCCAAGGCCUGCAGCGCCGGCCGCAUGGAGCGCUGCACCUGCGACGAGGCCCCCGACCUGGAGAACCGCAAGGCCUGGCAGUGGGGCGGCUGCGGAGACAACCUCAAGUACAGCAACAAGUUUGUCAAGGACUUCCUGGGCAAGCGCUCCAACAAGGACCUGCGUGCGCGCGUGGACAUGCACAACACCAACGUGGGCAUGAAGGUCAUCAAAGCCGGGGUGGAGACCACCUGCAAGUGCCACGGUGUCUCGGGCUCGUGCACGGUGCAGACCUGCUGGAGGCAGCUGCUGCCCUUCCACGAGAUCGGCAAGCAGCUGAAGCAGCGCUACGAGACCUCGCUCAAGGUGGGCAGCUCCACCAACGAGGCCACCGGCGAGGGAGAGAUCUCCACCGGCCGGGGCCAGCAGCAGCAGCAGCCGCAGCAGCAGCAGCAGCAGCCCCCGCCACCGCCGCCGCCGCCGCCGCCGCCGCCGCCCCCCCCGCAGAACCCCAGCGACCCCAUCCCCCGCACCAUGGACCUGCUCCACAUCGAGGACUCCCCCAGCUUCUGCCGGCCCAGCAAGUACUCGUCGGGCACGUCGGCGCGCAAGUGCUACAAGGACAAGAACUGCGACGCCAUCUGCUGUGGGCGGGGCCACAACACGCAGAGCCGCGAGGUCACGCGGCCCUGCCAGUGCCAGGUGCGCUGGUGCUGCUACGUGGAGUGUAAGCAGUGCACGCAGAGGGAGGAGGUGUACACCUGCAAAGGGUAGCCGGGGUUAGGCCCCGCCCCCCUGUGUUAGGCUCCCCCCCCCUGUGUUAGGCCACGCCCCCUCCCCAUGGACAAAAGCUCAAGGACUGUCGUAGGAGGAAGAGGAGGAUGGGGACAGCGGCGGCUGUGUUUUUUUUUUGUGGGGGGGGGGGGGGGUAAGGGGGGGGUCUGGAUUUUUUUAUUUCCCGCUUUCAACACGAAAGGAAAAUGCAUAAGCAUGACAGAGGCGGAGCUGAUUGAGAAGCAAUGAGCACUUUGACGGAUUUCUGUGGGUGGGGUUGGUUUCAUGUGUUCGUCCUGUGACACCAACCUACCCCCCCCACCCCCCCAUCCCCGCCCCCGCCCCCGCCCCCGCCCCCGCCCCCGCCCCCGCCCCCGCCCCCGCCCCCGCACCCUCCCUCCGGCCAUGCCCCGCCCUCCUUAGCAGACGACUGGGUCAAAACGAACAGCUUUUGGAAAGACAGUUUCUGCUGCCUCUUCUUCCGGACGUCUGACUGGAGAAUCUGAGUCUGAAAGAAGUCUCGGCCCAUUCAACGGGCGGGGGGGGGGUUGGGGGCGAUGGGGGCGUCUGCUGCUGCAAAGACAAUUAUAACAAUAGGCCAAGUUUGGACAUUUCCCCGAAUACCGAAUGUGUGCGUGUUGUAGUGUUUUUUUUUCUCGGGAUGAGUCCAGUAUGUAAAUAUGUACGUGAAUGUGUGUUACGACAGAUUGUGGGACUUUGGCGGCUCGGGGGAGUUGGUCAAACGACAACUUCUCACAGCAAUCCAUAACUAUAUUCAAAGACUUCAAAGACAGGGUGUAAGAAUUAUUCUACACGCACAUAUUUACACUCACACACACAUUGUGUGCUUGCAUAUAUAUAUAUAUAGAUAUAUAUAUAUAUAAAUGUACAUAAAUUCAACUAUAUUGUAACGGUUAUUAUACAAGCCACUUAUCUAACGAUGCUAAAACAAACCACUAAUCACACAGAUGUCUCUCCGUUUGUGUGUUCUCGCUCCGUGCUCAGAUAACUUUUGAAAAGACCCGACGGAUCUGUCUCUCACUGUGGAUAAUUUAUGAAUCCUUUGGGAGCACUCUUCCACAAGGUGAAAAAAAAUACUCAGUUCUCUCUUAUUUUUUUUUUGUUUCGUUUCUUUGCAACAACGACGAUAAUAAUAAUAGUAAUAAUAAUAUAUACAGUACCACAAAGCUGUUGGUGAAUGCAUAUGACAAAUAUCAUUUCUUUCUCCCCCAUUUCCAAUUAUGGCCAAUAUUCUGGCCUUGAGCACGUCCUAGAUGGCGUCCUAGGAAAUGUUUGAAACCACUAUACUUGGAUUUGGCUGAGAGAAACAGCGAUAAGUAAGUUUAAAAUCGAGUUGAAAUUGGAAAGACAACGGUGUCGCUAUUCUGGCCCACACCCUCUGCUGACGGAUCGUGAUGUUUCCACUGUUGUUUGCCGUCGUUCUUGAGACGCGGACACCUGUUCAAGAGAAACUUUACAAAGGUGCAGAGAACAUAGACGAACAAGAGGAAUGUACCCCCCUUCUCCCUCCAUCCCUGCCAUUUCCCACCUUUUAUUCUAUCUUUGACAGCCUGAUUGAGCCAUAUUUAACGUGUAGACUUGCACCACAUUUAUUGCUUGCGGUGUCCAUGGUUCCGAGCGGUGUGAGUAAGUGCAGACGAUACUGAAAUUGAAUUCUGGCAUCUCUGCACCAACAUUUCAUAAAAGCUGAAGGCUAACAGUAGAUUUAUUUUGUAUUAUAUUUCCCAAGAGCUUUAUUUUUUAGCACAUUUUGACACUCCUAUUGUUUAGUGAUCAAACAUUGGACAUUUAUUUUCAAAAACGAUUUGCAGUGCUGUGUUCUCUCAGAAGUCAGUGUAGUCCUCGUCAUAAACCCAACAAAACACAAACUGAAAUACUUCCGGUAUAUGGGUUAGGUCAUUUGGACAAUUGUGAUUUUGUGCAAUUGAGCACUGCAUUCCUACAUCCACAAACAUCCAAAUACAAUAUUUCAUAAUCAAUUAGAUAAUCAAGUUAUAAGAUAUGGACUCUUUCCUGACUUGGUUUUGGAUGGGUGUGAAUUAACUACUGAGUGAGAGAUCCAGCCUUGUAAUAAAGCCCAUUUUUUCGCACUGAAACCCAAAAAGCCUUUAAAUUCUCCUUAGUAUUUAAAUAUCUGUAUUUAUGGAUAAAUAUAUACAGUACAGAUUAUUAUUAUUAUUUUGUAAAUAGCUAUGGUUUAUUCUCCUGUGGUAAAGACAAGAGUGAGGCACAUGUUUAAUCUCACAGGCAAGUUAAACAGCGAUGGGUAGCAAUAGGACUCAAGAUGAUGGCACUUGUUUCUAGAACAGAGCCUGCAAUCGGCUGCCAUCAGCGGACGGCCUGACGGGCUGACGCGACUCUAGAGAUCACAAUAGUGAACCUAUCAGACCAUAACCAUUUGGAGGUGGAACAUGAGCAAGAAUGUCCUCAAGACUUCAUGCUUGCUCAAUGUCUCUUGUUUAUUUUGUAAAUUUUGAAGGCAUUGAACGAACACAGUUUUGACUACAUGUUCGAAAAAGUGACAGCGGCGAGAUUUCUAUUUGGAAAACCAAACCAUGAUUCCACACUUAUAGAGAUCAUGCCUCAAGACUUGGGGGGGGGGAGGUGGGGGGGGGAAGCUGGCGUAGGGUAUUUGUCCCGAGGAGACAAAUUCCAAGCAUUUCCGAGCAAUUCCAAGCAUGAUAUGAGCAGGCAUGCCAAAUAAAGGGCUGGUCAAAACAUAUACAUAGAACUCUGCACGCUACAUGGAAAACCAUAAUAGCUAUGCUGGAAGCCCAGACAUAAAUGUCUGCUAGCCACAGCUCUCGGUGUGAGUGUCCUCAACACACGCCUGCCUAGCCCCAAGACUGAGGCUUUCUCCUAUUAAACAGACUCCAAAUUGUAAACAGGCGUGAUCGGAAUAACAAUUGCAUUCUCGGUGCAUUUUUUGUCUGUGUUUGUUUCCACGUGUGUUUGUCUGUUUUUAAAGAUUGUACAUAGGUCUCUAACCCCAAUCCCCCCCCCCCAGGCUAAAGAAGGAGCUUGAUACAUCAGUGAUACACACCGUCCUCCAUAUUCAGUAUAAAGUAAAAACCACAUAGCACUGCGCUGUUGUCAGUGGGUCAUGUACAAAACUAUAUUUUGUAGGCAAAAAAUAAAAGAAAGAUAAAUUAUUUUUUAAAUAUAUUAUGAGCAUGUGUUCAGUGUAAAUAACGUAAAAAGUCUAAACUGAUUUUAUAUCCUGUAUUUUUUACUCAGUCUAUCUUUUUUUUCGCUUUUGUUUGGGUGUUUUUUUUAUUUUGGGGUGGAGGUGUCGAGAAACAGCGUAUUAUUUUUAAAAGGCAAAAUAUCUUUUUUUGCCAGCCUGUUUUCAUAUUGAUAUAUCCACUGCUCACAGUCAUCUAAGCACAAAGUCGACUUCCUGUUCCUCUCCACACACACACUUACUGAACAGGAUAUUUCUGAAGGUAAUCAAAAGCAAAUCAUGAAUUGCCAUUUCAUUGUAUUACACUUUUCGUUUCGUUUUGGACCAUUUGUGCAGAAUAACCAUAUUUCCACAAGGCACAAACUAAUGACGAUGUAUGUGCUCCCAUGUUCUUAGCCUGCAUAUAAAACCUUCUUCAACAAAACAAUAAUCAGUGACACCAUAUUUUACUGUCCCCCCAUGAACAUCCAACGCAUAUGUGUCUGGGGGGUCGUGUUACACAUACCACUCCUCUAGGAUCUGUGCUAUGCAGUGUAAAUAAACAUGACAAAACGUGUGUUGCCCUUGGUUGUGAUAUUAGACCAACAAAGCAGUGUCCAUGUUCACCUAUUAAUGUCUUAUGGGAACCCUAAAUUAUUCUCCUCUACCUCAUGUGUAUAGCUUGUAGGUAUAAACAGAUCACAAAUGACUGGUAAGAAUGUAUUUAAGUUAUUUAACAUCUUUGUAUAACAAAGUCGAAAAAAAUCUGAAAUAAUAAAUGAAUUUUUAAAUUAC